GUUUGCAGAUUGAGGAGAAGAUGAUCAUGUUCACUCUUUAACUCUAGAUACAGAUCUAUCAGUCAGAAAGUUCUUAAAGAUAACCCCCCUCUCGUAACGGCUACUCGGAAGUAAUACUCCCCAUUCCUGUGCUAACAGAUUAUUCACCUCUAUCUGACCAAGAUUUAUUAUAUACCGGUAACUCCUCAAGUCCACGCCUCUGAGCCUCUAUUUCUUCGUCUGUCUUUUCAGUAUCCCAUUGACUAUCUCGUUCGUAAAUCCUCCCCAUCAUGUCUCCGCCAGCUGCAACCCAAGAUCUCGGGAUCGACGAUGGACCCACCGUCAGCGUCACUGUCAACCCAGGCGUCAAGCAGGAACGCGUGGUGAUGCCCGGUAUCACGGGGCCACUAAAGUUCGAUGACCCGUACAAAGAGAGAGACUACCUGAAAGGUCGACUUGCUGCUGCAUUCCGAAUUUUCGGGAAAUUCGGCUUCGACGAGGGCGUCGCUGGACACAUUACAGUGAGGGAUCCUGUCGACAAGACCAGCUUCUGGGUCAACCCCAUGGGCAUCUCCUUCAACCUGAUCAAGAAAAGCGACCUGCUCCUCGUCUCGCACGAAGGCAAGGUCAUCGACGGCGGCGAAUGCCGGCUGCUCAACUCCGCCGCCUUCAUGAUCCACUCCGCCGUCCACGAAGCACGGCCGGAUGUAAACGCCGCGGCACACUCGCACAGCAUCUACGGACGCAGCUUCUGCACGCUGGGCAGGACGCUGGAUUGCAUCACGCAGGAUUCAUGCGCGUUUUAUGAGGACCACGUACUCUACUCCACCUUCAACGGCGUCGUCCUCGCUGAGAAAGAAGGCAAGGACAUCGCCGCCACCCUCGGCACCGCCAAGGCGGCCCUCCUGCAAAAUCAUGGCCUGCUGACCGCCGGCGGCACCAUCGAAGAGGCCGUUUUCUGGUUCGUGUCGAUGGACCGGUGCUGCCACGCGCAGUUGCUUGCCGACGCCGCCGCCGGGGGCCGCGGUGGGGCGACGGUGAAGAUCGGGCAUGAGGAGGCGAUGGCGACGUAUAGGACAGUUGGGACGCCGAUGGCGGGGUAUUUCAGCGCGAAACCAUUGUUUGAUGUGAUUCAUAAGGAGACAAAUGGGGACUAUUUGCAGUAGAGGAUGGUGAGGAGCAGGAGGGUUAGAAUGCAUGACGAGGUAUUGAUGUGCCGUGCUCCUCGGACUCGGGUCACUCUUGUACAUAUGGCCACUAAUGGUAAAGACUGCAUUUAUAAUCGAGAACUAUCCAGACGGACUGA